AUGGCAGAGCAGGUCGGCAAGGCUGACAAGGAGCCGCUUGCUGAGGUCAAGAUGCGCAGCCCGCAGAGAGAAGCAAGAGGGAGAGGAGCGAGGGCUAUGGGCAGGGCUGUAGGCUUGAUAGGCUUGAGCUCCAUCAUCAUCUCGAGCGCGGUGGGAGCGUCAUUUCCAUGUCCUGGGCGAUGUGCUGACUACAAUCUGAGGAUGGCUUUGGGGGGAAGCUGCUUGCGCAUACGAGGAGGGGAUGCUAGGGAGGGAGGACGAGGUAAUAUCUCGAGUGGAGUCAAGGAAAGAAACAAAGGGGCGAGCAAGAGGCGGCGGGUGUGCUACUCUGGAAUGAAUGUGAGUAGGAAGUCUGCCGAGACUGAGGUAGAAGGAGAGAUCGAGCUUGUGGAAGCAGAUAUCAAGGGGGUAGAAGCGAAGAUGAAGCUUGUGGAAAAAAACAUCCAGGAUGUACUGCAUGAGAUCAGAUAUGAACAGGAUCCCACGAUGAAGACCGCCCUUGUCAGGAGACUCGAGCAACUUGGAGAAGACAAGAAGCAGCUUGGAGAAGAAAAGAAGCAGCUUGGAGAAAAAGAACUUAUCCUUUUGAGACAGAGCACCGGACCCCAUGUGCCACCGAUUGCUUGGAACGAGUCAGAUGCAAGACUGGAUCGGAUGGGCUUUUGCAACGACGACAAGUACUUUCGUCUCGAUGCAUCCUACCUACAAAGAGACGGAGAGCUCCUUCUCUACUGCCGGGAAGCUUUCAAGAGUCAGCUCUGCUUCUUGAGGGAGAAGGUGGUGGAGCAGCGAGCUUUUGGCUGGAUCAAAGGCCCGCCGGGAACGGGGAAGACGACGACGACGCUAGCCUUCUGCUUGUCUCUUGACAUGAGGGAAUGGAGCGUAACGCUCAUCAGGCUGCAUAUAUCCAACGACGUUGAUUGCAUCCGAAUCGUCGGUGGUAGGAGGAGAUGGUGCAGGAUUCCCAAGCGCUCCUCAUGGGAAGGGAUCAACAGAAUGCUGGAAGAAUGGCAGGACUACAAGAAGGGUUUGGUGGUCCUGGACGGGUUCUUGAGGCAUGAGUCACACCACGUAGACUUUUUGGACGCAUGUAGGAAAUGGCUGCUAGCUGAUCGAGAGAAUCGACGGGUUGUAGUAGCGACAUCGAUGUCUUCUCGAGGAAAGUCACGACUAGAAGAUGACAAUCGGGUGAAUCUCCAACAACACACCGUUGUAUCUUGGACGGAGAGAGAGUACCUGGAAGCAGUGGAGUGGGACGUUUUCUAUCAGCGUGUAGCAUGCAUGCUGGAGGAGGAUGAAAGUGCGGCGAGCAUGGGCUUGAAGACAUGGAAGAGGAACAGGUCUAGACGAGAGAAGAUCAAGCUGAAAUACUACCUGGCAGGCGGCUCAUGUCGGUACAUGUUCGAGACGCCCGCAUCAUUGGUGAAAGAGAGGCUGGAUGAAGCUUUGAGUUUCUGUUCAAACCUAGAAGUCGUCUUCAGUGGCAUCGUGGGCGACUCAUCACCGCAGGCGGUAAACCACUUGAUUGCGUGCUUCAAGUACAACGGGGAAUUGAACUGGAUGCCUGUGAGCAAGUAUGUCGCGACGAAGCUUGCAGAAGCGGCAGAACUAGACACGCUGAAGAGGCUGUUCUCAAGGUACGGGGCAAGCAAUCCGACUACAAGGGGCCAUCUUUUCGAGCUUUUCUUUUUCAAGAAGAUCAAGUGCGGGCUGAGCCUGAGGUAUCGGGGAUCUCAAGAGCUCACGCAAUGGGAGGGAUGUCCAGUCAUCACCUUUGAUGCAAAGGGAGGCAUGCAAACGCUUCCUGCAGAGAGAACUUGCUUGAAGCCCGUCAACCCCCUUCAAGGAGGCUACGACGCUAUCAUAGUAGAGCCUCGCGGGAAGUUAGUAGAGUUUGUGCAGGUGACAGAGGCAGACGUCCACUCUUUCAAGCUGGCUUUCUUCGCAGAGGCUCUCACGGGGCUAGGCAUCCCAGCAGCUGGAUGGAAGGUGAGGGUGGUGUUCAUGGUGCCGCGAGACAGGCUCGAGAGCUUUCGGAUAGGCAAAAUCAAGGGCUGCGGUGCGCUGGAGAAGUACGGAUGGAAGGGAGGGCAGGAAGGGAGGCAGGCAGAGGUAGCGGGUAUGGAUAUCGCGUGA